AGGUUAAGUUGCCUGCAGGAACGUUAUUCCACGUACAGCUUAGUUUUCGCACAAAGCGAUAAAACAAUAUCUACUUCAAAGACAGAAACCGACAAUCAAGGUGUCACCCUGCCCCCACAGCUGUCACUCUGUGCGGCUGUGGGGAGAUGGAAGCUUCGGCACAAUUUCAGCUCCGCCUGGCUGCGGCAGUGCGCCUGCGCUCCCAACCAGCUGUGGAACUUCGUGUUGGUCAGCUCGAGCUCGGAGAGAUCGCGAGGAGGAACGGUUAACGGCAGUGGCAGGUGGUAACAAUGUCCGAACUGAAGCAUCUUGCCUAUGCAAUUAUUGACUUUCUGCGUGAGCAGACAAAGUCUCAGGCUUGGACUUCUGAUGAACGGGAAAGCUUAGAAGUUGCUAUGCAGUGUUUGGAAAAUGUCUUCAAAAUAAGUUCCCAGGAUAUCGAUCUAGCCGUCUCACCGCCUCUAAUGGAGAUAUUUUCUGCAGCAAUUACUAAGAAAUUAAUAUGGAACACUCCAUCAGACUUUACUCCAUCUGCACAAGAUGUAAUUAGAGCUGAACAGUUGAAAAAUGAAGGCAACAACUAUAUAAAAGAGGAGAAUUACAGGGCUGCUGUAGACUCUUAUACUCAAGCAAUUGAAUUGGAUCCAAAUAGUGCAGUUUACUUUUGUAACCGGGCGGCUGCUCAGAGCAAACUUAAUAAUUACACUGCAGCAAUAGAGGAUUGCAAGAGGGCAAUAGCCAUUGACCCAGACUAUAGCAAAGCUUAUGGAAGGAUGGGUUUAGCAUUGACUUCUUUGAAUAAGCAUUCAGAAGCAAUCACCUAUUACAAAAAGGCUGUAGAAUUGGACCCUGAAAAUGGAACUUUCAAAUCAAACCUGAGAGUGGCAGAACAGAAAAUAGGAGAAGCAUCAAGUCCAACAGGCGCUGGUUUGGGAUUUGAUUUAGCAAGUUUACUGAAUAAUCCAAGUUUUGUAAGUAUGGCUGCAAGCUUGAUGCAGAACCCCCAAUUACAACAACUAAUGUCAGGAAUGAUGUCUAAUGCAAUUAGUGGUCCUGCAGCAGGAGUAGGGGGUCUGACAGAUAUGGGCAGCCUUAUACAAGCAGGACAGCAGUUUGCACAGCAGAUGCAGGAAGAGAAUCCAGAGCUAAUAGAACAGUUGAGGAACCAGAUCCGAACCCGAUCAUUCAGUGGCAGCAAUGAAGAUCACUCAUGAUGUGCAGUGGGAAUACAUACAUCAGAAAUCCCAAAGAUGCUGGAUGCCAGGAGCAAGUAUUUAUCAAUUUUGAAUGCCACGGCUUACACAAAACAGACAGGAACAUUGGACUGUAAUUCAUAGUUAACAGACGAUUAAGAAGAUUUGAGAAUGUUUACCGUUUGGAGGAAGAUUGUACAAUUUAUUUUACAGUGUGUAUAAUAUGUUUGCAGAAUUAAUUAAACUAGUUUCUAUAAUAUAUGUAGGUUAAUAGAUAUGAAGAAAAAAUUUCAGUUGUCAUUGGAAUAUAAACAUUUGGUUUUUAAGCUUGCAUUAAUGUUACUGUACAAAUGUGAAUUAUUACAGCAACAGAUUAGCAUUGUGCUCAUUGAAAGUGUGACUCUCAGAAUUGCAUUUGGACAAUGAUGACAAAUUAUGAAAAUCAAUUACUGAAAAUAAUUUAAAUUAAGAGUGUUAAUGUAUUAGUUAUCUCAACUUAUUUGCACUUUAUUCAGAAUCUAGGAGAUAUCUACAAAUGUUUAAUGCAUCUUGGGCAUUCUAUUAACUAAUAUCCUGGAUAUUGUUGAGAUGAGCUAAAAUGGUUUUUAUAGUUUUCAGCUGGUAAUUUUCCAUUGACUAUGCUAACAUGAAUACAUUGCUUCUCUUGUCACCAUAUUCCUUCACAUCCUCUACCUGUUCCUCAAAAAAAGGAAGUUAUAGAAUGAAUCAUAAAAUGGUUACAACACAGGAGGCUAAUUUGGCAGGUCGUGUAUGUGUCAGCCCUCUGCAAGAAUAUUUCAGCAAAACCUACUGUCCUGUCUUUUUCUUCAGAGUUUUAUAAAUUAUUUCCUCUAUGAAUAAUUUUCCAAUUUCCUUUUGAAAGCCAAGAUUGAAUCUGCUUUCACCAUGCACUUGGGACAUUCCUCAUUGCACGAAAAAGUCUAUCCUCACAUCACCUCUGAUUAAUAUGCCAACCACUUUAAAUCUGUGUCCUUUCAUUCUUUUUCUUCCACCAAUAGACGCUGUCCCUAUCUAUUCUACCCAGACCCCUCAUGAUCUUGAUCACACCUAUUCUAUAACCUGUUAAC